AUGCACCCUAGUGACCAAGAGUUCACCACCUUCACAACCGACAAGGGCCUAUACUGCUACAAUGUCAUUCCCUUCGGGUUGAAGAACCCUGGGUCAACAUACCAGCAGUUGAUGAACGCCAUGUUCGCAGAACAACUUGGCAAAAUAAUAGAGGUCUACGUGGACGACAUGCUAGUCAAGAGCAUUAAGGCUAGCAGACACGUGGUAAACCUCAGAAUCAUAUUCGCCAUCCUCUUCACCUAUGGUAUGCGCUUCAAUCCUGAAAAGUGUUUCUUUGGCGUCACCGCCACAUCCAAAAGCCUGAAAGAAUACUUGGCGGCAGUCCCACUUCUCUCCAUUCCUGUACAGGGUGAGAUUCUCUACAUCUACUUAGCGGUAUCCUUAUCAGCGAGGCAUGAAUGGGGUGGAGACAAGAUACACCCCUUGGAGCAGCUCGCUCUUGCACUCAUUGUCGCCUCUAAAUGUCUCCGCCAAUACUUUCAAUCUCAUACAAUCCAUGUCUUGACAAACCAACAGCUGAAACAAGCAAUGCAGAACCCUGAACAUUCCGAGCGCCUUAGUAAGUGGGCCAUUGAGCUCAGCGAAUUUGACAUUGAGUACAAGCCACAAAUCGCUAUGAAUGGCCAGGCGGUGGCUGACUUCAUUGCUGAGCUCACGGAGCCACAAGGUGCACCCACCCUAGGGCCAGCAGAGGGCAACACAACCAUAACAACCACUGAGCAGCCAGCUCCCAAACAACAGUCAGACUGGAGUCUUCACGUCGGUGGCUCCGCCAGCACCAAGCCAUGUGCCACUGGAGUUAUAGUGACGGGGCCAGGAGGGGUGAACGUGGAGUACGCGUUAAAAUUCAAUUUCACAGCCUCAAACAACAUGGCGGAAUAUGAAGCGCACAUUGCAGGCUUACUCCUCGCCAUAGACUUAGGUGCUAACAGUGUCAACAUAUUCAGCGACUCCCAGCUAGUCAUCAACCAAGUCAAUGACAUCAACCCUAGCUGGAUCGAUGAAAUCAUCAAGUACAAGCUCAAUGGGAUGAUGCCAACAGACAAGGUCCGGGCACUGCAACUCAAGCGGAGGGCAACUCACUAUAAUAUCAAGAAUGGCAAGCUUUACUGCCAAGGAUUCACUCAUCCUAACCUCCGGUGUCUAAUCCCAGCAGAGGGAAAGGCCGUUCUAGCAAUGAUACACGCCGGUGAAUAUGAAAACCACUCCGGCGCUAGAUCUUUGGCCAAUCGCACAAUGCCACAAGGCUACCUCUAG